AAUAUUGACGCUCGCUUCUUUUGUGCUGACAUGGAGCAGACAGAACGUGAGGAUACAGACGAGAUGAACGUGAAGCAAAGAGAGGAUGUGGACGUUGACUAAUUAAAAAGGUUGGUUGGCUCCGUUGACGGGGAUUUAAGCAACGUUUGGACUCCUGCGCACAUUUUUCGUGGCUCCGCAUUUCGGUGUUGGGAAGGGCAGCACCGUCCGCAUCCCAGCAAGGCACAACGGGGGCACAUCUUGUCAGCAGGUUUUAAUGGUUGAUGAGUUGGAGUGAGAAGAUGGAGUGUUUGCUGCCACUACUGAUCCUCAGCUCGCUGUUUCUCCAGGCUUUUGGUGGGGAUGUGUGUGUGUCUGGUCAUGACAGUGGGCCAGUCUUCGAUGAGCAGCCAAACAGUGUCAUUUAUCCAGAAGGUCUGAGUGAGGGGAAAGUGGUUCUCAGCUGCCAGGCCAGGGCCAGUCCAGCUGCUUCCUACAGGUGGUUGGUGAAUGGUACCGAGGUCCCGUUGGGUUUAGACCUCCGUUACACUCUGGUCGCUGGUAACCUGGUGAUCAGUAGACCAGAAUGGAGUCGAGACACAGGUUCUUAUCAGUGUCUGGCCAUCAAUCGCUGUGGAACCAUCAUCAGCAGAGCAGCUAUCCUUAAAUUUGGCUACCUUCACGACUUUCCUCCGGAUAGCAGGAGUCCUCAGACAGCUUAUGAAGGCUCUGGAACAUUCCUAGCAUGUCAGCCACCUCCACAUUAUCCAGCUCUGUCCUACCGCUGGCUCCUCAAUGAGUUCCCCAACUUCAUCAAGAAGGAUGAUGGUCGCUGGUUUGUGUCCCAGGUAACAGGGAACCUGUAUCUGGCCAAAGCAGAGCCCAACGACACUGGAAACUACUUCUGUUUUACCACGAUCAACAUGGACGUCAGCACCAAGAGCACCUUCAGCAAAGCCAACCAGCUAACCGUGCUGCCUGAUGUCAAUGUAAGGAAGUCAGCUCCAAGCAUCAAAGUUCGCUUUCUCGCAGAGACCUACGUCCUAGCAGGAAACACUGCCCAGCUGGAGUGCUUUGCCUAUGGAAACCCUGUCCCAAAAGUGCGAUGGCGAAAGGUGGAUGGACUCAUGCCGUCGAAGGCAGGUUCUAGUGCUGAAGGUCCAACUCUCAUCCUGCCAGACCUCUCCUUUGACGACGAGGGUGUCUACGAGUGUGAAGCCUAUAACUCACAGGGAGUUGAUGCGCACCAGGGCCGCAUCAGUGUGCAAGCUCAGCCAGAGUGGUUGCAGGUGAUGAGUGACUCAGAAGUGGAGAUCAGUUCGGAGCUUCACUGGAGUUGUGUGGCUGCUGGUAAACCACGACCUUCUGUUCGUUGGCUACGUAAUGGACAGCCUCUCGCCACACAGGACAGAGUACAAGUCAAUGGAGCUCGUCUCAAGAUCAGCAACCUUGCUUUGGAAGAUUCUGGGAUGUAUCAAUGUGUGGCUGAGAACAAGCACGGAACCAUCUACUCUACUGCUGAGCUACGAGUCCAAGUUCAGGCUCCAGACUUCCGGUUAAACCCCGUGCGGAAGCUGAUCCCCGCAGCCAGAGGGGGACAAGUGAUGAUCGAGUGUCGCCCUCGAGCUGCCCCAAAGCCCAGCCUGUUCUGGAGUCGUGGGACAGAGUUGCUCACCAACAGUAGCAGGGUGACGGUGACUCCAGACGGAAUCUUGUGGAUCACUAAUAUCAGCAGGGCAGAUGAAGGCAAAUACACUUGCUUUGCUGAGAACUACCUUGGCAAAGCAAACAGCACAGGACACCUGUCAGUCAGAGACGCCACCAAAAUCACACUGGCUCCCUCCAAUGCUGACAUCAAUCAGGGUGAGAAUGUAACGCUACAGUGUCACGCCUCCCAUGAUCCUACCAUGGAUCUGACCUUCACCUGGGCCCUCAACGGGGCUCUGCUGGACCUGGAGGACUCGAUUGGGCCCUACCAUCGAGUGGAGGGCAAAGAAAACAUUGGAGACCUGUUUAUUGUGAAUGCUCAGCUGAGUCAGGCAGGUACUUACACCUGUAGCGCUCAGACCGUGGUAGAUGGUGCUUCAGUUGUAGCCAAACUAGUAGUACGAGGCCCGCCAGGACCUCCUGGAGGUUUACUGGUAAGGAACGUUGCAGCGACGUCAGUGGAACUGAAGUGGAGUCGUGGUUAUGACAACCACAGUCCUAUUGGCAAUUAUGUGAUCUUGGGCCGAUCGUCUCUGUCAUCACAGUGGAAGCAGAUGAGGACCGAGCCGGUGAAUAUAGAGGGAAAUGCAGAGUCUGCUGUUGUGAUGGGCUUGUUACCUUGGAUGGAUUAUCAAUUCCAGGUCAUUGCCAGCAACAUCCUGGGCAGUGGAGAACCGAGCAUGCCGUCACACACUAUCCGCACACAACAAUCACCUCCUUCGGUGGCUCCAAGUGGUCUCGGAGGAGGAGGAGGAGAUGGAAAUGAGCUCAUCAUUACGUGGACCCCCAUGGCCAGAGAAUACCAGAAUGGUGAUGGUUUUGGUUACACCCUGGAGUUCAAGAAGAAAGACACGUCAUCAUGGACAGUGGUGCGCAUUCCCUUGGUGGAGUCAUCCCGAUACGUGUACUCCAACAACUCCCUGAUGCCGUACACCCCCUUUGAGGUGAAAAUUAAAGCUUAUAACCGCAGGGGAGAAGGUCCAUUCAGCCAGAUCGCUGUUGUCCACUCUGCUGAGGAAGAACCAACAGUUGGACCUUUGAGCAUCAAUGUCACUGCACUGACAGCUUUUGAUAUCCAAGUGUCAUGGGAGCCUGUCCUGCAGCCCAAUACCAACGGCAUCCUUAGAGGAUACGAGAUCCGAUAUUGGCGCCAGCAUGAACGGGAGGCGGCGGCAGACCGAGUGCGGACAGCAGGACUUGAAACCACAGCCCGGGUGUCUGGACUCCGGCCUAGCACGCGAUACCAUGUUGCAGUCGUGGCUUAUAACAGUGCAGGCACGGGCCCGCCCUCGCCGCGCUCCACUGUCACCACCAGGAAACCACCUCCUAAUCGCCCUCCUGGAAAUGUGUCGUGGAGGACGGAUGGUUGGUGGGUGAUUGUGAGCUGGGACCAUGUGAAGGCCUUGCACAAUGAGUCUGCUAUCCUGGGGUACAAGGUUCUGUACAAGCAUGAAGGCCAGACGGUUUUGAAGGUCGUGGACAAGGCCAAGACGUCAGUGAAGCUACCGCUGCCCAAAGACAACGGAUACGUGGUGUUGGAAGUGCGGUCCUGGGGUGAGGGCGGCGACGGACCUGCACGUGAGAUUAUUGUCUCGCGCGACUCAGGAACCAGCAUGAUGGUGCAGAACGCGGCCACAGUGUGUCGUCAUCCAGUACAUCUCCUCACUGGCUCACUUCUUCUUGUUUUUGUUUUUCUGUCAGGAUUGUGAGUUCAGCCUUUUGGACUUUUUUUCUUUUCUGAAUUAAAAGUUCUCUGGUCUUCAACCUGUUUGGCAUUUGGGGUUUGGCAGCUGGCGUCAUUUUAACCCUGCGGGAGGUAGAUUUUUCAUUUUUGUAUUAUACAAACUCAAAUGUUGUUUUUUUUAAUGGGCAAAUGAAUGUCAGUGUUUUAUGAGGGACAUGACGUGUGAGCAGCUAUUCUUUCACCUACAGUAUUUACAGCAUACAAGUAUUGGGAUAAGAGAGUGAAAGCCACAAUAAACAAAAGGAAAACAAGAUGCGAUAUUCAUCUGUCAUUCACAGAAAUGUGCCAUAAAUUAUUGUAAAGUGGUUUUCGUCAUUAAUUUGUUCCAAAAGAUCAGACAAAAACUGAAACACACAAUAAAGGAGUCAAUUUUUCCCCAUAAGAAGGAAUGUCAGUCCAGUUAAUCCGUCCCAGACACCCAAAAAUAAAAACAAAAACACAUCUCAGACAGCAAGGGUAUUCAACUAUAAAAUUCAAAUAGGUCCAGAUACAGAACAUUUUCUCAGGCUAAGGUCCGGUCCAAAAAUUUAAAAAAUACAAGCUGGCCCCCGGCCGGGACGCAUUUUGGGCACCCCGGGGUUAGGACUGAGAGCCACUGGAUCAGGAUCAGGAUUGGGGUGGAUUGUUCAUAUUGUGCUCUGCUUAUUUUCAAUUACCUCGCUUCAGACUUGAGUACGUUGUGCUUUGUCUCAUAGUUUCACAUUUUUCACAUAUUUCUAUGAGUGCCACAAUCCCUGCGCUAAGAACUGCUUUUGUCCUUCCAGAGGAAAGAAUGAACAUAAAUUAGUGUGUCCCUUCUGAAUUGAAAGCACCGUCCACUUUUUCUUCUUUAGAGAGCCAUGUGGAUCUGUUUUUUUUUGUUGCUGUCUCACUGCCAAUCAUACAAAAACUGGGGCGCACGGAAACCGAGAUUUGACAGUAUAAAAAGUACAGUAGUCCCUUGUUUAUCACGGUUAAUUGGUUCCACGCUCGACCGUGAUACGUGAAUUUCCGUGAAGUAGGAUUCCUUUUUUAUAACUGGAAUAUUUUCGUUGUUAAAACAUAGAAAACCUGUUUACAACCGUUUUUAAUAUUAUUAGAGCCCUCUAGACAUCAAAUAACACCCUUAUAAUCACCUUUACACUCCUAUACCCGAUAUAGUAGAUGUAACGAGAAAAUGCCAGAUAUAAAUACAGACUCACACGUUACCAUCAAGAGUUCCUUGUUAUUGUUUUUUUUUUUUGUACUUCCUGUUCUGUACAGUACUUCCUGCAGUGGCUGUUGUCUCAUCAAUGUAACAUUAGUGACACCUAGUGACCAGUGGAGAACACUACAUAUCAUCACAACGUCUUUGAAUGAGUCUUCUGAAUGCCUUAUAUUUGUAUUUUACUUCAUUUAGCCAUUUUUAUGCUUGAAAAUGCUUCAUUUAGGCAAAGAAUAUGUAAAGUUUUUUGACUAAUAAUAGGCAGUAUUCAACCAUGAAACAUUUGUGAAAAACUGUGAUAGCGAGAAGCCACAAAAUUUAAAGCGUUUUCAGAGCUGACAGGUGUUUGGUAAAUAUGAGCAUAAUCGUUUUUACUUGAAGUCGGCUUGGCCUUGAUGUCAGGGUUCAUGUCAUGUCAUGUCAAUGCAGAAUACAACACAAGUAUAACUCAGCUCGACAAAAAUGCUUUUAUUCCCAAAAAAACACCGAUACAAAACUAUUCAGGGUCAAACAUACUUUUAAAAUCAGAGAGCAAAGUCUGCAAAUAAAAACAAAACCCACGCAAAACAAAGAACGCACAAGGAAACUAAACACUUACCACAAGCAGAGAAAACAGUUUGGGCGCCACGCUAUCCAUGCUAGCGUAUCAAAAACAACAAGAUGUGAUUGUUGCCAAAGACACAAUGUGGCAGUGAGAUCAACAAUCGACACCACCUUCCCGUUUUGCUUUGAGUGAUUUUUUUUUUUAUUCAGUCGUGUUUCUCACCUCAAGCCUCUGCUUUUCCUUUGGUCAUGGCUGCAAAAUAUUUUGAUAAAGAAGGUGAGAAACACUGUUGAAGUGAAGAAAUAACUCACAGCAACACACCAAGGUUGUGUCUGUGUUGAUCUCGCUGCCACAUUGUCUUUGGCAACAAUCACAUCUUCAAUGAAGGUAAAAGUGACCUUAAAUGUUCACUUAUCCCUUUCAUUCAUCAUUUCGAAUUCUUUUCUUUAUGUAAAACUAUAAAAACGUGUUUUGUGUUUACAUUUUUCAGACUUGUGGCGUAACUGUGUUAGAAAAGAACUACAGAGUUAACCGCUGAUGACAUCAUAGACGGGUGACGAAGCUGACUUCCGCUUCCUCUUUCCAUGUAGUAGCGAGCUAAUAUGAUGCUAAUAAUGAUGUUUUGUGAUAAAAAUACAUUAAGAACACAGUUGCACCCAAACAGUGUAUUAAUACCAACACAAGACAUGCCAUAUUGUACGCAAACCGAGGUUAAAUCUUGGAGUAAAUUUUGGACUUUAACCGAAAAACACGCUAACCACUGUACUUGUGCCAAGACAAACACCAUGCGCAAGAUGUUUCAUGGAUUUUAAAGAUGAAAAUGAGCAGCGUCUUAGCGGAAUUGACACCAUAUCACAUUGAAGAAAACAUUUUUGACCAACCUUAACUUGGUUCUUGUUCACUGAUGUGUGGUCGGGGGGGGCAAGUGAGGCAGGGCCUCACUUUGUCAUGAUGAAACAUAACAUAACAUAAAGUAAAUAUGAAUUUUUGUCCAUUUGAACUGUAUUAUAAAUGUAUCUUCAGUAUGAUUCCAAUCGUUUUUAACAUUUUCUCAAGUAACAGUAGCUGAAUUUGGACAUUUCCUGAUGAAAUACAGGGAAGGAACCUAAGAUGACGCCACCGUGAGUGUGGCUUCAUGGCUUAGCGUGCAAGACCUGCCUACGAUCUGAGUGCACACUGAGUGGGAUCAUAUGCGCCUGCCAGUUCUUGUUUGUCAGCAUUGCACAUGUCAUCAGUUACUGAAGUGUGUAGAAAACAAGAGACAAAGUGGGAAACCUUUGGUAUCAAAUGUUAAUUAGAUGGUUCUGUUCCAAAUCUGGCCAAGUGGUUAGCAUGUUGGCCAGGAGAUCGGGAAGACCUGGGUUUGAUUCUCCGUUGGGCAUCCCUGUGUGGAGUUGGCAUGUUUUCUCCGGGUACUCCGGUUUCUUCCCACAUAGUUUAAUUGGCGACUCUAAAUUGUCCAUAGGUAUGAAUGUGAGUGGGAAUGGUUGUUUGUCUAUAUGUGCCCUGCCAUUGGCUGGCGACCAGUCCAGGUGUACCCCGCCUGUCGCCCGAAGUCAGCUGGGAUAGGCUCCAGCCUACCCGCGACCCUAGUGAGGACAAGCGGCAUAGAAAAUGGAUGGAUGGAUGUUACAAAUCUGAAAAUACUAUUCUUGAAUAAGUGCUCAUUUCAAAAACUUGUGUGUGAUUAAAAAGUGGUAACAUUUUAUUAGCUCUCCCUGUAAACGAGACUAAGGCUCUUCUUUUUUAGGUACCCUCUUAAUGAGCAACCUGUAUUAACAUAAAGAAAAACUCCAAAGGAGUUUGUGCCUCGCCGCACGCCACUGCUCUUGUCAAUAUCUACUCUGAAAUAACAAGUAUCUCAACUAGAACAUGUAUUAUCCUGUUUAGGACUCGGAAAAGUCAUGGUGACAAUAUGAAAGUGUUUCUGCUGAUAUACUGGGCGUGUCACCACAUGAGAACACAGUAUAUCCUUGUCAUUGUAAUCCUGUCAGCAUCUAUCAGCUCUUACGUAAAACUUUGUCACAUUUAUGACAGCAGAAAGAUUACGUUUCCUUCCUUUUCGUGAUAAGAUCCAAUGUACAAACGUAUUUUUCUUCAUGGUAUUAUUAUGUUAUUUUAAAAGGCUUGGUUACCGUGAAAGGCAGAAAUAAAGACAAGGCAUCUCUGAGUUCAUUGUGGACCAUCC